AAGGCAUUGUGGGAUUUGUAGUCCAGUAAGCUCAAUGCAGCACGUGUAAACACUGAACUGUCGCCCCGCUGCCCGGUUGCUUAGUUGUUUAACUAUGGCGUUCAGCUUUCAUUUUGACGUUCCGCUGCAGACUGAAGAGAGCGGUGGAGAAGAUUCACAAGAAGAGAAAGUUACAGGUGAAAAUCGAGAUGAAAUGAAGAGCCAGAUCAAGCCUACUGAGACCUGUGACUCUGAUCAGAAGACCAUAAAGGAAGCAGUAGAACACAAGAACACAGCAGAUCUUCUUUCCCACAUUGACAACUGUGUCACAGAGACGGUCACCAUAGGGUCUUUACCACCUCUCCAUUAUAUCAACGAAUCUGUGUUUGAGCAAACUGCCCCUGAGCGUGAUGACGGCGAAAACAUACUCUUCCAAACCGUGAACAAAAAAACAGACCUCAUAACUGGGGUAUAUGAGGGGGGCCUAAAAAUCUGGGAGUGCACAUUUGACCUGCUGGAGUACAUUGAUGAUGAAGGGGAAACCUUCUCUGGGAAAAGGGUCCUGGACUUAGGCUGUGGGGCCGGGCUGCUCGGCAUUCUGGCUUUAAAAAGACGAGCCAGCAAGGUCCACUUUCAGGACUACAACAGUACUGUGAUAGAGCAGUUAACAAUGCCAAAUGUGUUCCUUAACUGUGAAGAACAGUGUGAUGAAAAGGGUAAAGGAAAAACAGAUGGAAGCCCACCAGCUAAAAGAAGAAACUUGGAUUCAUCACAUGAUUCACUUGCAGAUCGCUGCAGGUUUUUCUCAGGGGACUGGACUUCUUAUCUCUCGCUGAUGGAACGUGAAGAACCCACACCAAAAUAUGACAUCAUCUUCACAUCUGAGACCAUCUACAAUACAGACUACUAUCCCUCUCUUCAUAGCGUAUUUCAUAAACUGCUUGCUGAGGAUGGAGUUGUCUAUUUGGCAACAAAGUCUCAUUAUUUUGGAGUUGGAGGUGGGCUUUAUUUGUUUCAAGAUUUUGUGGAAGAAAAGGGUGUGUUCCAAAUCAAGUCUUUAAAAGACAUUGAUCAGGGCCUUAAAAGGCAUAUUGUAUCUUUGACCUUCAAUAAAUCACAGUCAUAGCACUUUGCCUCUUUGUAAAACAGCAGGAAUAAAUGUUUUUCUUACAUAAA